AUGUCACUCGAAACAGUACUCUUGACAGGCGCUGGCGGCUUCAUUGGCGCGCAGAUCCUUGAACAGCUGCUGAAGUCCGGCGAGUUUCAUGUUAUUGCUCCCGUAAGAUCAGAAAAAGACAUACAAAGUAUCCUUGCAUUGCAUCCCGAGUACAGCGAUAAGAAUGUUCGCUUUCCUGUUGUGCCCGAUCUUGGUGCAAAUGGGGCAUGUGAUGAGAUAUUUGGGGAGACAGAGAUAAACUAUGUUAUACACGCCGCAGGUCGGUUCAGAUUUGAGAAUAUCGAUUCUCAAAAGCUCAUUUACGAUAAUUACGACACGGCGAAAUCCGUUAUCCUAUCUGCAGAGAAAUUCUGCAAGUCUCUCCAGCGGUUUGUCCUCACUGGCUCUGUAAUAGUUGAAAUCACUGGUCAAAUGAAGUCUUCCACCUUCAAGGAAGAGCUCACCGAAGCCGAUAUUGUUUCCAUCCCACUUGAGGCAGUCCGAGAAAGCGGAGAUCCGGUUGCAUGCUACGUUGCUGCAAAGGCUGAAUCCUCAGCAUUGCUCUUUGAAACAGCAUCCAAACCCUCCGUAUCCUGGGAUGCCGUUGAACUCUUGCCUGCUGGGACGGCCGGGCCGCUUGCGCACUCCGUACCAGAUCUCACAGCAGGGUCGCAUUCUCUCGAUUGGGCCUAUAACCUACUCAGCGGAACCUGGAAAGAGAUCCCACCAGUACCCAUGUUCCAGAUUACAGAUGUGCGGGACGUAGCUUUAGCGCACGUCUUGGCUUUGCGCAACGAGAAGGCGAGUGGCCAACGGAUCAAUAUCGUCAACUCGGACUCGUGCUAUUCCCACCAGGUGUUGGCAAAUUUGAUUCGAUCCAAGUAUCCGGAGUUGAGAGACAAGGUGGCAGAAGGAACUCCCGAACAAUUGAUCCCAGCUGGAAUGGUGUUUUACAAAAUCUCGAAUGCAAAGUCGAAAGAAAUUUUCGGAAGUGAAUUAAAUUACACACCGGAAAGCGACACAUAUAACGCAUAUGUAGAUAGUGUUUGGGAAGCAAUGCGGAACAGGGAUCUUGAACUAUAG